GAACUGGCUCAUCUAUCCGGCUUUUCCUGCCCAUAUUGCCGUAGUCUAAGCAACGCUGUAGAACCUCCUUCCCCUUUCUCGAUUGCACACGAUGCUUCGUUAUCCGUCGCGCGUGCUGACACGCACCCCUGCCCUGCGCAGCACUGUGAGUCCUGUCGUGCUUACCUCUAGCCGCCACUUCACCGACAAGGUCUUCAUUGGAUCGUGCUCCGCCUUCCUCACCUGUGCCACCACACUCAGUCUCUUCCACCUUCUCGUGACGCCGCUGUCGGCCUCGAUCGGGGCGGCCACCAUGGCCACCGCCACGGCCAGUGGGGCCUGCUGCGUCAUCGACGGCGGCAGCGAAGGCGGCACGUCCUUUGGCGCCGUGGUCGGCGUGUUCAUUGGGGCAAUGGGUGGCUUUUACGCCAAGUCGCAGAAGGAGCCAUGGCGAAAGUAA